AUGGGGGAUCUUCAUUCCGGUUACCCUGCACGUCGCGCAUGCGCUCCACUUCUCUACGACCGUGCCUUCCAAUGCUCCAACCUGCAUGCACGAACGGACCACCGGCAAGCAACGACUGGCCACCCCCGCCUUGCUCCCCUGUCGAUUGAGGAAAAUGACGAAAUCCAGGGAGUACCUGUGGAGCUACUGCGAAAAUGGCGUUGCGGUGUCGGCAUUGGAUACUCCGAGUAUUGA